AUGGCCGUGUACUGGAUCACAGAAUCACUACCGAUUGCCGUGACCUCUCUGCUGCCCGUGGUCCUCUUUCCUUUCUUGGAGAUUAUGUCUUCUGGUGAGGUGGCUGCCGAGUAUUUGAAUGACACGAGUAUGCUGUUCAUCGGUGGACUAGUGAUGGCCAUCGCUAUAGAGUACUGGCAUAUUCACACCCGAGUGGCCAUGCGUAUCAUGAUGCUCGUUGGAACCGAACCCAAAUGGCUGUUGCUAGGUAUGAUGACGGCAACAUGGUUCCUGUCCAUCUGGAUUUCAAACAUCGCCACCACGGCCAUGAUGCUCCCCAUAUCUGAAGCCAUCAUGGAACAGUUGAAGGGAGGACAGACAAGGAAAAAACAAGGUGGAGCAACAAUGGAACUGCAGGUACUUCCCUCUGCUAAUGGGACACAACAAGCCUCCGACCGUAAAGACAGAAAGGCAAGCUUAGACAAAGAAAGAACUGAAGCUAACGAUCAGGCCCAGCCGAAGGUCACAGCUGACGUGGAAAUGGCUCAGCAGGUCUUGGAGGACGAUCCGGCCUACAAGAGGUUCUGCAAAGCCAUGUCGCUGAGCAUCUGCUACUCCUCCAACGCUGGUGGCAUUGCUAGCCUGACAGGGACGGGCCCUAAUCUGGUCUUGAAGGGGCAGGCAGACGAUCUCUACCAACGGUAUGGGUUGGUGGAUCCUGUCACCUUUGGAACCUGGAUCGGUUACGGCUUCCCGUUGUCGAUACUGAUAAUGUUGAGCGGGUGGCUAUGGCUUCUGACAACCUACCUCAGAUGUGGCUGUUCAAAAACUGAAGACCAUAAAGAAAGAUCCAAACGAAUCAGCGCGUCAAUCCGGGAGGAUUACAAGAAAUUGGGCCCUCUAGUAGCAGGUCAAGUGAUGGUGUCAGUGCUCUUCAUCGUUUUAUUGGCUCUGUGGAUAACUCGUGAUCUGGGAGGCGUGUCUGGCUGGGGGAAAUCGUUCACGCCUGAGGUCAAGGACGGAGCUUCAUCCAUACUUAUCUGCAUCCUGUUGUUUGCCCUCCCCUCCACCCUGCCGUUUCUAAAGUCAUACA